GGGCGGGGUCGCCGCGCGCAGGAGGAAGGAAGUACCCGCCGGCGCGCUUCCGGGGCCGUGGUGGCUUCGCCUGCGCCCAGCUGCACCAUGGGACCGCUGCCGCGGACUCUCGAACUCUUCUACGAUGUGCUGUCCCCCUAUUCCUGGCUGGCCUUCGAGGUCCUGUGCCGGUAUAAGAACAUCUGGAACGUCAGCCUGCAGCUGCGCCCGACCUUAAUUGCAGGGAUCAUGAAAGACAGCGGAAACCAGCCGCCAGCUUUGCUUCCCCGCAAAGCCCUAUACUUGAAAAAUGACGUUAGGCGCCUGGGACGGUAUCUCCAGGUUCCCAUCCACUUACCCAAGGAUUUCUUCUUUGUGAUCUUUGAAAAAGGAAGUUUGACAGCCAUGCGCUUCCUCACCAUCGUGAAACUGGAGCACCCGGAGUUGCUGGAGAAAGUGUCCAGGGAACUGUGGAUGCGCGUCUGGUCACGGGACGAAGACAUCACGGAGCCCCAGAGCAUCCUGGCCGCUGCAGAGAAGGCUGGCAUGUCCACGGGACGAGCCCGGGAACUUCUGGAAAGGGUCUCAACACCACAGGUGAAGAACCAGCUCAAGGAGACCACUGAUGCAGCCUGCAAAUACGGGGCCUUUGGGCUGCCUGUCACUGUGGCCCACCUGGAUGAUGAAACCUACAUGCUGUUUGGCUCUGACCGGAUGGAGCUGCUGGCACACCUCCUGGGUAAGUUACAGGUUCAUGCUGAGCUGCCCUUGACCCCACCGCUGCGUGCUAUCAGUUGCCCAGAAGGAUGGAUUCAGAGCACAAAAAAGGACGUUCUAGGCCCUUCCAGUAAUGGAGCCUCAUACACACACAGGUGUGCCUGAGGUGGAAUGGGGAGGGGGCCGCCUUCUCCCACAGGAGAGAAGGAAGCCUCUGUACCUUGAAGCCAGGCGGAGCUCGUCCUAGAGGACCCCCCGGGGCCUGGGCGGCCAGCCUCUGGCAUGAUUUUCUCCAUCCAGGAGAGAAGUGGAUGGGCCCUGUGCCUCCAGCUGCAACUGCCAGACUUUAAGGAAGCCCAGAAGCAGCACAAUUACUGGUAUAAGAAGCAGACUAUCUCCCUACCCCUCCUCCACCGCGGGGCCCUGGGAAUCUGGUUUCCUGCUCAUAGAGGUUCCUCUCCGGCCCUGGGGGAUGCCGGCGAGGGGCUCUGCAGUACACCGUCUACCAUUAUCUCACGGCUGCCGUUACUUCUGUGCCUCACGAGUGCCUUUCGAGAGCCCCAAACUGCUUCCCACAAAAUAAACCUAAUGCCAUCAGGCAUCAUA